ACGUGACCUCAGCCAACAUGGCGCCGCCCAGGAUGUUCCACUGCUCACGUGGUUAAGGCAGGCAAGAUGGCGGCAGCCGCCAGCCAGACUUCCCUGGAGUCGGCCCCGCGGAUCAUGCGAUUGGUGGCCGAGUGUAGCCGCUCCAGGGCCCGAGCCGGGGAGCUGCGGCUGCCACACGGACCGGUGGCUACUCCGGUGUUCAUGCCAGUGGGCACGCAGGCCACUAUGAAGGGCAUCACGGCCGAGCAACUGGACGCGCUGGGCUGCCGCAUCUGCCUGGGCAACACCUACCAUCUGGGUCUGAGGCCGGGCCCAGAGCUGAUCCAGAAGGCCCAAGGUCUCCACGGCUUUAUGAAUUGGCCCCACAAUCUGCUGACGGACAGCGGCGGCUUCCAGAUGGUGUCCCUGGUGUCUCUGUCCGAAGUGACGGAGGAGGGCGUCCGCUUCCGUUCCCCUUAUGACGGUGAUGAGACCCUUCUGAGCCCAGAGAGGUCCGUGGAGAUCCAGAACGCGCUAGGCUCAGACAUCAUUAUGCAGCUGGAUGAUGUGGUCAGCAGUACUGUGACGGGGCCCCGUGUGGAAGAGGCCAUGUACAGAUCAAUCCGUUGGCUGGACCGUUGCAUAGCAGCCCAUCGGCGGCCGGACAAGCAGAACCUCUUUGCCAUCAUCCAGGGGGGGCUGGACGCGGAUCUCCGAGCCACUUGCCUUGAAGAGAUGACCAAGCGAGAUGUGCCAGGCUUCGCCAUUGGGGGCCUGAGCGGGGGCGAGAGCAAGGGCGAGUUCUGGAGGAUGGUGGCGCUGAGCACGUCGCGGCUGCCUAAGGACAAGCCCCGCUACCUGAUGGGCGUCGGCUAUGCCACCGAUCUGGUGGUCUGCGUGGCUCUCGGAUGCGAUAUGUUUGACUGUGUCUUCCCUACACGGACAGCGCGCUUCGGUUCUGCCCUAGUGCCCACGGGGAACCUGCAACUGAAGAAGAAGCAGUAUGAGAAGGACUUCCGCCCCAUAGACCCAGAGUGUGACUGUCCCACCUGCCAGAAGCACAGCCGGGCCUUCCUGCACUCCCUGCUCCAUAGUGACAACACCGCGGCCCUGCAUCACCUCACUGUUCACAACAUCGCCUAUCAGCUGCGGCUGAUGAGCGCUGUGCGAGCCAGCAUUGUGGAGAAACGUUUUCCGGACUUCGUGAGGGACUUCAUGAGCACUAUGUAUGGGGACCCCACCCUCUGUCCCACCUGGGCCACUGAAGCCCUGGCCUCUGUGGGGAUCACACUGGGUUGACCCUGCUUGGGGGUAGGGAGGGGAAAGGAGGGGAUGGAAUAUAUUGAAGGACUUUUCCUUUUUUUUUUUUUAAAUUAUAACAUAGAAUAUGUCUGUGUCUUCUUGGGGAAGUGGCCUGUCUAAGUCUCCUUUCUGGUCUGAGUGUCACUGGGGCCCAUCAACUAAAAAAAAAGAUGCAAAAGGUGA